CAUAAGUCCAAAAACGCUUGGUCGUACGUAUGUUUCUUCAAAAACCAUAGUUCUCGCAUUUUGUGUGUGUUUUAGACGUAACCAAUUAUGAAAACUGUAGUGAGAAACAUUAUUUCGUUUCAAGUCUUUUUGGUUGGCUGUCAAGUGUUACAAGACAGUAAUGGAACGACUCUGCAAUGUGGUAAUAAAAUAUGUCCCUUCUGGUCGACGUGUACCAACAACACCCUGUCUGGCGAGAUGGAGUGCGGUUCUUGCAUGGCGGGGUUCGUGGGCAAUAAUUGUACGGACAUAGAUGAGUGUACCGCUCUGGGAUAUGAUCUCUGCGCUCGCUUUGGGACAGGUGCCUGUGUAAACACUCUAGGGAGUUUCAGAUGCACCUGCUCAAUGGGUUGGACUGGACUGCGAUGCCAAUACGUAGACGAGAACGUCAUCGCGGCGGACCGAGUCUGCCUUGGAGGAUUCGUGAACAAAGCCUAUAAUGAAACCUACGGGGCAUGUCAAGAUAUCGAUGAAUGCAGUAAUAGCAGCACUAACACGUGUGGAUUCCAUCAGCACUGCAAAUAUACUGCUGGCAGUUAUAAAUGUGAUUGUGAUAUCGGCUGGGAAGGCUCAAGCUGUGGAAAAGAUAUAGAUGAGUGCACAAAUGCCAAUAUUUGUGGUAUGAACCAACACUGUAUUAAUAAUGACGGCAGCUACGUCUGCAUUGAAGGUACUACGGAUAUGUCAACGACAGACACAAAAUAUGACAGCGCGAAUAACAAUUUCCAAACGACACUUACAGCAUCAGAUGGAUUCCUUCAUUCAACUGAUAAUCGUGAGAGCACUGUUGAUGGCGGUCAUACGAACAUCGUACAUAGUUCUACAUAUGCGAAGCAAAAUCAGGAGAACCAACAGGAAACAAAACUUGAUGUUGUUCUUGGCUCCAUAUUUGGCACCAUGGCCUUUAUUUCCGGAUUUUUAGUGGCACUGGUUGCAUAUAAAAUGUACAGCAAGAAAAACAAGGUGGAAUCUAAGACCGAAAACGCUACCCAGGAUGUGGGAAGUAAAGGCCACGCAAGGGUCUUCAUUAUCGAAUAAGAUGGACGUUUCAAAACUGCUUUAUAAAAAACUAUACUUUGUAAAACACGCGUUGGUUUGACUGUUUAAUUAAAUAACACUAUAUUAUGUUAAAACUAAUAUUUGUAUUCUACAGUGUUUAAACAAUCUUUCAAAUAUGGCCUCUGCCUUUAUUUGAGUGUACACAUAUCUACAGAAGUAACAUUCACAUACGUCCAACUAUUUACGUACACGGACGUGCUUAUGUCUUACUUACGUUAAUGUAUCAUUAUGAUUGUCCAUUGAAAUGAAUGUCUGAUUAUUAAUUUCAAAUAUUCGAGUAUGAUAGUUAAGAAGACAAAACUUUUAUCAGUUACAGUUGAGCUAUUCGCCGAUUCAAAACACCUCCAAAUAAACAACUAUAUAAUUCACAUUAAAAUUUCAGAUGCGCCAGUGGGUUGAAAAUCAAUAAAAGGUUUUCAAUGUUGGUCUGAGUAUAUGUGGAGGGCAUAAUUCUUUGGAACAUCGAUGACAUAUAAAAGUAAAAUACGCGCAAUGUAUCGCGGAAAACGAAUGCAUUGAACAAGUAUUUGCCUCCGUAUCAAUACGUCGAUUGAUGGGCUAUUAUUGUGUUUAAUAAAGAGUCACAAGCUCAUUAACAUCGGUAAGUACAACUGUACCACCUACGUGUUGACUUUCACAGUUUAGGCAUUUUACGUGAAGAGUACAGCGAAGAACAUGAACUUAUAUGAUUCGCUUGACAAACCAUUGCUUUAUAAGACUUAGGUAAUGUGUAUAAAACAAAUUAGCUUUAUGUUUCUGCCGGGAAUAGCAUAUAUACGUUCUACGAAAUUCUUUGUAGCAAUGUUCGUUUAUAGUUUAAAUUUGAUGAGAUAACGCUUUCAAUCGACGUUUUUUUCAAGCAAUUGGACAUUGCAUUGUGAAGAAACAUUACAUUUUAGUUAAUUUUGUUUUUCAUAUUAAUUAGGUUGCAAAUACGCUCUCGUAUAUUUUUCCACAGAUCCAAAUCACAGCAGUCUUGACAAUUAGACCAGACUGCUCGUGCGCUAAUAUCACAUGUUAUGGUUCAUAUAAGACGUUUUGUAAAUUGGCCAAUGUAAGGAAGACAUAUACAUUCCAAGUUUGGUACUAAGUCGAUACCAUAUUAUGUAACACAUAAUCAAUAUAACAUGCACUGAAACCAAACAGACACUUUCCAAACAAAUAGAAACAAGGUCAUGUAUGCAUAGCAUUUCUAUGCCUGCACGUAAAAACGUGCUAUUAUUCUAAAAUUGUUUUGUAAAUCCUUUUGCUAUGUAAUAAGCAAGCAGUUUGUCAAACACUAUCAAAAAGCAAACUAAACCAUCAAACGUAGAUAAGAAAGACAAUUAAAUAAAUAAUUGUUUUACUAGUGUCAUAUUUUAUCGAUUUUAAUUGACUAGAAUACUGAUUAAUUCCUAUGUUCACUAGUUUAUAUUUAAAAAGGGUUAGUCUACCAUGAUAUCAAAUACUUUUCUUCUUCAAUUUUCCUUCAUUGCUUUACCACUGUUACCUAACGUAUACAAAUUUAACGUAACUUAACGUAUAGACAUCAUUUCAUAAUAAAAAAAGAAAUCUUUAAAGAUACUUUUCACGGUAUUUUUCAUUAGUUGAAACAUUAAAUUACCUGUUUUGAACCUUAAAGCCUUAUAAUAUGUAUAAUAAAAAUAAUAAUACUAAUAAUAAUUCUAAUAAUAAUAAUAAUAGUAAUAAUAAUAACAAUAAUAAUACACACUUCAGUGUUGUUACAAAUCAAUAUGAUUUGAUGAAUAUCACUCUACUUAAUAACAUUCCCGCAAUUCACUUGGUAUUUAAAAGUGCUAGAGCAGGAAAUAUUAUAUUAAUGAGUGUGUAUAUUGCUCUCGCAAAAGCCGAAAAUACCGGCAACGUUCUUGGCUGGCUUGGCAUUGAAAUUGUGGUGAGUCUUGUUUUGUCUUAAAAAAAACUGUCUUAUUCAAAGGACAACUCAAAAUGGUUUAGUGCGACGAUUUGUAAGCAUAAUCUUCGAUUUUGUUUGUUUUCAUUUAUUGAACAUUAUUUUAUUUAUGUGUCAGUUUUAGAAAAAAAAGCUCCGAAAUAAAAAUUUGACAUGAAUUACAA